AAGCACCAGGCAGAGGCGAGGGACCCGCGGGUGCGGCUGAUGGUGGGCGACCAGGCAAAUGGGACGUUCCUGGAGCAAGUGGUGGCCGAGAUAAAGAGUGCGGCGGGUCUGCUUGACUUCAUAGUGGACGAUGGUGGUCACACCAUGGAUCAGCAACAGACAUCCCUCAAACCCCUUCUACCGCUGGUCAAG